CAACCGCCAAACUCCGGAGGGUCUGUGAGUGACACCGAUCUAACGAUGGCGCAGUGUGGGGCGACACUGGGCAUCAAUUAGCGGUGAUUUUAAAUGACUGGAGUGUGAAUCCAGUUGUGUGGUACAGGGUUACUCAUUCAGACACUGACCUGGUCCUGGUUUCAACUAAACUUAUGCAAAGCAGAGGAAAUGUGAUCCUGAGCAGUUUAGUACAGCGAGAACCAGAACUGACUGCAGCUCUCCGUCACUGUGGAGAGUGAGCUGUGAUAAAGGGCGUCUGAGGCUGUAUGAGGAGCAUCUUCAUCAUUUCUUCGUCAUCCCUCCACGAGUCUGUUAACCCGUCACUGAUGUCCACUGACUGCUGAAAGCUCAACGUCCUCCAUCUCUGGAACUUCACUUCCUCUUCCUCCUCCUCCUAAAUCACUCCUCCAUCCUGCUGUUUGUCCAUCAUGAAUCCCUAUGGAGACACAAACCUGACCCCUCACUCACGUGUCGCUACUCUGGGUGUCCAGAGUUCACCUCCAUAUUCAGCCCCCGGCUCCUAUGAUAAUGCCCAUAAUGCAUCUUUCUCCAGUUUGCCAUGUCCUGCAGUCAUCCAGACAGGUCACAGCUCUCUUCCAGCUUUGAGCCAUAACUCUCCUCCCUCAUCAGACCAAGAUGGAGGUCAAAACCUGGUCCGAUCACCAAACUCAGACCUCUCCACCUCACCGCUUCCAGCCUCAGAUCCAGGCUUCAGCCUUGGAUCCAGGUCUCUGUCUAGCCUGGCUCCGUCUCCAGUUUCCAUUCCCACACCAAACCCGUACCCUGCCCCCGCCACCCCCCCCCUCCUGCCAGAUCUCCGUCAUCAUCCCGUCCCCAGACCUCCGCCUGUCUCCUCUCCCCGCUCAGUGCUCCGAGGACGCCUGUCCGGACCUGGAGUGCUCCAUCUGCUUCAGCGAGUUCAACAACGUCUUCCGCUGUCCCAAGAUGCUUCACUGCAAGCACACGUUCUGCCUGGAGUGUCUGGCGCGCAUCAACGUCAAGUCAUCUGAGCCCAGCGCCAUCCAGUGCCCGCUGUGCCGCAGCCUCACGCCUCUGCCCACCCUCGGCCUGCCCAAACUCACCACGGACUCAGACGUGCUGUCCUACCUGCCGGCCGCCAUGCAGAGGGUCUACAGCAUCCGCUUCCUCCGCAAUAAAGGGAAGCUGGAGGUCAAAAGGUCGUCUGAAAGUCAUCGGCGAUGGGGUCAGAGGUCGCUGACGUCCCUGAGGUCAGUGAACCGCUCUCUGGACGUGGGGCUUCCCAGCCCGCCUGUCAGGGGCCGUGGCGAGGCGGGGGGCGUGGGCGGCGCUCUGUUCAGACUGACGGGCCGGCCGGCGUGCCGAGCCUUCCUCCUGACGUCUGUGGUGAUGAUGAUGGUGCUGCUGACCGGCAUCAUCAUCUACCUCCUCAACUUCAAAUGAGACUCGAACUGACUGUGAGUGACAUCACAUUACAUCACAUCCUGUCUUCCUCCUGUGAAAUCUGCUUUUAUUUUUGUGACUGAAAAAAAAAAAACACACAAAACCCACCAAACUGUAAAAUUCCACCGUCUCCAAUAAGCAACAUGUGUUUCACUGCUGUGGCUAACGGAUGAAAACACGUCCAGAUGUGCAAUAAAAGCCUCGGCUCAGGCUCUUGUGCAACAAGCAGCGUUUAACUCGUGGAUGACACUUAAAGCCGGGACAUGGAGGAGACGAUCUGUCCUUACAUCAACCCUCUGAGGACCAGCUGACACCUGAGCUCAGAAAGUGCCUGAGAAACGCAGAAGCUCUGGACUUUGUAACCUGUGCCAGAAGUUUGAAAGAAUCACCCAGAGGUCUGGAAAUAUCAGCAGAGGAGGAAACGUAGCAGAGGAGACUGAGAAACACUGGACUUUUACCUGCUUCACUCAGUGUGUGGAGGUUCAGGAAACACCAGCUGGCUGAUCUGAAGGUCGUUGGAUGGCAGCGAGUGAUGAUGGUGUGUAACAGUAGAAAACAACAGGCCGAUCGCAGCUUUAUUAUGUUAACAAGAGGCCAGAGUCUGUGGUGGUUUCCAUCCAGCUGCAGAUAAAAGCUGAAACAUUAAUCUUCUCUCACUUUGUCACUUUGGGAUGUGAACGUCCGCUGAAACACAACAUUAGUGUCACUUCCGCCCUGACAUAAGACCUGAAACCAGCCUGUCAUUUCCGUCUCCUCACCUCACUUUAAACACAAGAUUCCAUAAACCUGUCAGCAGGUGGCGCUGCCUUCUUCUUCAUGUUCUCCUGUUUUAACUCGCUCUGGCAGCUUCCAGCACUUUACAAAGACUGAAUGGCUCAUGUUUGGUUCUGUCUUUAAAAGUUACUGUUCCCUCUUGGUGGAGCUGCAGCUCUGACCUCGCUCUUAACCAAAUGCUGGAAACAAGAGCCAUGCAAAUGACCCGAGCCACAGUUAGUCUGACGCAGGGCUCAGAGAGCCGAGUCCAGGACUCUUUAUACGGACUCAGACUCUAACACAUGACCGUGGGUUUAACGUAUAAACAAAUCAAACUCUGAAAACCUGGACGAGUAAAACCAAACGCACUGAGGUGAACUGACCUUUUUAAAGAAGCCAAAGACUGACGGGCAGUUCAGAGCCUGAAAUAAACUCUGUAUGAAUUUUGGGGCGGUUUGUGGUUUGGGCGUUCAGUCUGCCAGCUCGUCUCUUACACUCUGCAGGAGGCCGCCAGCUGUGGGACAGUCCCUUAGUUCUGCACUGGUGUCAAACACAGAGGGACAUGAGUCUAAUUCAGCUGAAUCCUGUUCACUUAGACCCGAUCAGGACAUCAGAAUCAUGAACUU